GUCAUUUGUCCAAGCCACGAUCCGCACAGAUCUGUGAACUGUGGCGCAUAACUACCCUAACUACCCUAACCUAGACCACUGCUGGUACUGUAUCUCUUAACUUGAACUUUGAACUCAGCGCUUGAACUCACCUCGACUUCUCAAGUCCCCCAAUUGGCAAUAACUUAAGCAGACUACCAACAUUUGAGGUUCAUCAUCAAUGUUACUUUCAAUUUGGUAUCACAUAUGCAUAUUUAAGCUUCUUAACUGAGAAUGUGUGAAGUAUUUCUGGCUUUAUGAAACAAUACUUCGUACGUACGGAGUAUUACUUGUUCGUUCUCGUCAGCCUUACCUUGAAGCUGGAGGGCUAUCUAGAUGGUUUGCCGGAAUCGCUAACCUUGACGUCGUGGACUUCUCAUGCCCUUGAUCUACCCAAUCUUCAUCAUUAAUUGGUCGUCGAGUUAUACCUCGUCGUAUAUGUGCUACUUCCAUCGACCAAGACCUCGGAGUGAGAGAGACACGUAGAUUUGCGGACCAUUGGCCAGCUCUAGCCUUCUGCCCACCCUCAUCUACCUAGGAGCCUAUGAGUCCAAUAACAGCCUUUACUCAUUUGCUUUAAGAUGAAGAAAGCUUCAGCAGGCGCUACGCGCCGCACUCAAGCAGUCUCUACUUUUCGUUGUGAGCGUAGCGAUGGAAUGGCCAUUGCAGAUUCUCGAAUACCAUCCAAUCGUAACCGCGUAUCUCCAACAGUCGAGUCAGAAUGGCUGACCAAACUCGGAGGCAUGGUAGCUGACCAACUAUAUCCAGGCACAGAUCAUGCAUUUACAUUAGAGAGCUUCCCAGAGCAUUAUCAUCUACGCGUUCACCAAUCCCUUCCUAAUGGCUCAUCUGAGUACUACUUGUAUGGAUACCCAGACAAACAACAGAAUACUGGGGUACCCAAUGGAGGAGCGAAUUUACUCACGCCAAAAGUAUUUGGCUCUCCAUCUGAAUUCUUCGAGCAUCUCUUCUGGCUUAUGACUGCACCUGACCUCAACCGAGGAGGCUGUACUUGUCGAAACUGCUCGCCCGCACCGGAAGCCAUAGAAGCACCACAGAGUUUACCACCUCCAACUUCUACGGCACCUACUCGCCCAAUUCCAGCGAGACGGCAAGUAGCUCCUACAUCGACACCGGAAGUAGCUCAAGGCAUGGCGAGUCCGGCUCCUCCGGUACCUGGCCGUGCAGCUCAGGUACCAGCUAGUCGUGCAACUCCAGGAAGAAGACAAGGAGUUGCUAUACCGGCACCUGGAGCACCUGGAGCACCCCAGGGCUCAGUAGCUCCAACUCCUGUUGCGCCUAACCGUCCGACUCCACCAGGGCGACCAGUAAAUACUACACCAGCGCCUACAAUAUCCCCAAGUCCUUCUUUCAACCCUAUACUAACACCUCAGCCUGAUGAAUCUUUAUUAUUCCGAGAAGGCGAGGUGGUCUGGUUCAGAAAGGCGCAGGAGGCGUUUCGUCUGGGAAUUAUACUCCAGAACAUACCUGGAGACCCUGCCGUUCCCUUCUCCCAAAAGAGUAGAAUCAAGCCUCUUUCUCACCAUCAAAAAGCUAUCGAAGAUGUUGAACGAUCCGAGGCCGAUAUGCGACCUUUCCUAACAUUCAGUGUUCCAGAUGUUCGUGAAUUUCUCCGCUCAGUUGCCGAUAAGCCGAUGGUAACGGUCCUUUGGGGUGUGUUAGAGAAUCAACUUCUGAAGGAUGGCCAAACCAGUGGAGAACUUCUCAGUCUUGAGGCUUCGAAGAUUGCAGCAAUCCAAAUCGACCAUUCCUACUCACUGUUCAAUACUACCGCACCUCCCAAUGCCCCGCUUCGACAGCGAAGCUUCGGGGGAGUGUUUUUCGGCUGCGAGAAGAUCGGCAUCUUCGAAGCAGUCCGAGUCCAUGUCGACCAGCAAGAACAUCAAGCCUGGAACAACCCCGAUAUCCCUUUUGUAAUGGUGGUGAAGGGCAUAGUGCUUGACUCUUCGGAGAGUGGUGAUCGUUUGCUCUUCCAAGGCGACAUCUGGCUCUUACAGGAAUCCAACUCACCGCAGCACGUAAACAACACCAACCAACUUCCCCCUUCUAUGCGCCGCGAGAAGAUGUUCCGCGAUGAGGUUAAACAGCCACAUGGAACACACUUUGACUGGAUCCAGGUAGCAACUAACGCCGUGAAGCCCGAGACCUCUAUUCGAGGACGAUUCUACGAAUCCCGCAAACUGGGCCCUAUGCUCAGCCCACAGUGGGGCCAGUAUCUACAGAGCGGGAUCAUCCCACCUAUCCACAAAUCCCUCAAUAAUCGCGGUGAUUCCAAGGGCAUGUAUAUUGGAAGGAAGAGCUCUCGCCUGGAGACUGUCAUUGGGGCUAUUCCACACGACACUGUUCUCUCCCUCGGACCGCAUGUCAUGGAGUGGUCGUGAGAGGCACGUGUGAUGUAUUCCUAGGUACCUAUUCAUGCCACCAUCAUAACAGCUUGGAGAGCCCUUCGGAUUCGAAGGAAUAAUAGUCGGUUGGUUGGUGUUAAGAAUCAAAUGAUGGAUAGCUACUCAUCUAAACCAUGACCUUCUAAGGUUGUACUCUCGAAGAUGUUGUUAAUUUGAAGUAGCGGCGGCGCUUAGUUCGUCAUCUAGCACCUGGUAGUUGGCCCUCGUAACGGUUUAAAGGAGGAAAAUAAAAAGGGGUCGUGGUAUUCAUCUUUGGUACUGUCAUUUAUCGCUUAAGCUCGGGAAGAUUUGCCAGUGAAUACAAACCGGCCCCUUUCCCGCUCACUAUAACUUCGAGAUGAAUGAAGUCUUUC